AUGAAGGAGCUUUGGGAAGGCUUGAGGAUGAUUGCUGAUGAAAGUAAUUUGCCUUGGUUGUUGAUUGGAGAUUUCAAUGCCUUGAGUUAUACUGAGGAUAAGAUAGGUGCUCCUACUAAUCUGUUGGAACCAGAGGCACUACACGCAGUAAAGAGUUUAUUACCAGACAAUUUAGAUGGCAACUUAUCAGAAAUAUGUGUGUGGCCUGAUCAAGUAAGGCACUGGUACAAAUACCGCUGGACUAGCCCACUUCACUUCAUUGAUACUCCUGAUGAUUCUUGCUCUUUUGAUUAUACAAGGGAUUGUCAUGAUCAACAUGGUGUUAAGGACAUGUGCGUUGCUGGUGCUAUCCAAAAUUUCACUUCUCAACUUCAGUAUUACCGUGAUGAUACUUCUGAUAGACGUUAUAAUUUGACUGAGACAUUGCUAUUUUUGUCACACUUCAUGGGAGAUAUUCAUCAGCCAAUGCAUUGCGCGCAUACCAGUGAUGAAGGAGGGAAUACUAUUGAUUUACGUUGGUUUAGACACAAGUCUAAUCUUCAUCAUGUGUGGGACAGAGAGAUAAUUCUAACAUCCAUGAAGGAUUACUAUGACAAUGACAUGAAUCUCUUACAACAAGACAUUGAAGGAAACUAUACUGAUGGCAUAUGGUCUGAUGAUGUCUCACAUUGGAUAGAUUGCAACAGUCUUCAUACUUGUUAUAAUUUUGAUUAUGUAUUUAACCACGGGUAUGCCACAGAAAGCAUUAACAUAGCUUGUAAAUGGGGUUACAAAGAUGCUGAGCCUAGAGUAACUCUUGCAGAUGAAUACUUCAGUUCGAGGUUGCCUUUUGUGAUGAAACGCGUUGCACAAGGAGGGGUUAGAUUAGCCAUGAUUUUAAACAAGGUUUUCAACCAUGGUCAUCAAGCAAUGACUGCACCAACAUAAUUCAAUUUAACUCUUUG